AUGUCAGGCCAGUACUAUCCUCCUCCGCCUGCGUCGGCAGGACCGGUCAACAAUUAUCCGCCGCCGCCAACUUCACCUCCCGCCGGCCAGCCUCAGUCGUACCCUUCGCCUCCUGGCGCUGGGCCAGGCUAUGCGUCGCCGCCUCCUCACCUCCAGCAGCAGCAGCAGCCGCAGCACUACCCUUCUCCCCCGCCACAACAGCACCACCAGCCAAGCUACCCGCUGCCGCCGCAACAGCAACAGCAACAAUUCCAGGCGCCGCCCCAACAUCAGCCGACUCCGCAGAACUACCCGCCUCCUCCCCAGGUCCAGCACCAGCAGAGCUAUCCUCCGCCGCCACAGCCACAGCAGCAGAGCACAUCCCCGCCGCCGCCGCAGAGUGCGGGCACGCCUGUCUCGUUCCACGCCCCGCCUGCGCCGGGACAGCACCAACAGCUGCCAUUGCGCAGCAGCAUCGCAAGCACAGCGACGCCUCCACCUCCAGCACCAGCAGCAGCAGCACCUUCGUACGAGGCGUCCACCCCAAAUGCCCCCAGUGGUUACCCGCAGGAGAAGGGCCCCGGGGGCCCUGGAGCUGCCCUGAGCUCGCCGAUGGCAUCGCCCGGUCCUGGCGCUGGAGCGGCUGGUGGCGGCCCCUCUUCCGGGCCGCACCCGGGUCCCGCGCACGUUCCCAACACGGCGACCACGGUCGACGACGUCGGCACUUUUAAUGGCGGCUCGUACCGCAUCAGCCACCGCGAUUGCAACACGAUUGUCACGAUCCAGCUCGCCAUGGGCUGUCCGCUCGCCGCAAAGCCCGGCGUGCUGAUUGCCAUGAGUCCGACCGUCACGCUGAAGGGCGAGUACAAGAUGUCGCUCAAGAAGAUUGUCGCGGGCGGCGAGAUCGGCCACUCGACAUUCAUCGGUCCUGGUGAGGUCCUUCUUGCGCCGAGUGCGCUCGGCGACAUCACAACCAUUCGGCUCAAUGGCAACGAGUCGUGGAGCGUCGGCAAGGACUCGUACGUGGCGAGCACGCAGGGCGUGAUCCGCGACUACAAGCGCCAGGGCCUGGGCAAGGCCAUGUUCAGCGGCGAGGGGCUUUGGGUCAACAAGAUCUCGGGCGUGGGACUCAUGUGGAUUGCCAGCUUCGGCGCCAUCAUCCGCAAAGACCUGAUGCCGGACGAGAAGUACAUUGUCGACAACGGCCACCUUGUCGCGUGGAACACAAAGUAUGUCAUGGAGCGUGUCGCGAGUGGUGGCAUCAUUGCUGGGUUCGCCAGCGGUGAGGGCCUGGUGUGCAAAUUCACCGGGCCCGGCACUGUGUUUUUGCAGACGAGGAACCCGCGAGCAUUCGCUGCCUUCAUGGCGGGCAACGCGGCACCCCCGUAA